AUGUCACAACCUGUUAAAAUUAUUUCACGCACAAAUAAAGCAAGGGCCCAUAUUUCCCCAGACAACCCUCUAAUUCACCGUCACAGCUCUCCUGCACCUCCUAGUUCCUCUCAAAACCAAACCUUACCCCGGAACCCCAAACUGCAGCUGGCAAAUUUAACUCCAUAUGAAAACCCACUAACUUUAAAAACAGUAAAAUCCAAAUCCAGAACCCAAAUAAAGCCGCAUUUAAAUUCCUCAUUUUCCGUCUCAAAACUGACAAAACAAAACUCUUUAAGUGAAUCAAUAAUAAACUCCUCAGAUGUAGCAUCUUUAGAAUCACCUGACUGCAAAGAAGAGCUGACCCCUUCAACCCAAGCCUCAAUUGACAAAGCUAGAGAAGCAUUUGCCCUUGAAUAUAAGCUUAACGAACAAAUGAAAACUUUGGGCCAAAGAUCACCGAUGAACUCAGACAAAUUUCGAAUUUUUCAAGAAAUCUGGGAUGAGCUGCUUUCUAAACAAACACCAUUUAAACAUAUUUUGGAGCUUAUAAGAGGUGGAUAUGAAGAAUGGAUAGCUAAUUUAUUAAGGGAUUGUGAAAACAAAGGUGAAACUAUUUAUAAGCUGACAUCUCAGCUUGAGGAAGAAAAAAAUACCUUGAAACUAUUAAAAAAAAGAUUUAAAAGACUGGCACAAGAAAAUAUGCAAAUUAAUUCGGAUUUAGGGACAAAAGAUAAGAUAAUCCAAGAACUUAAGGCACAUUUAAGUAUAAUUUCAAAUAGUACAACCCGCGAAAAAGAAAUCACAAAAAAUAAUUUGGAAAUGCUUCAAAAAGAAAAUCUUACUCCCCCCCCUCCGUGAGUGAACAAAACCAUUAGAAAAAUCCCUAUUUUUUGCCCAAAAACCCACCCUCCAUGAGUGAACAAAAAUUUUUUUAAUAGAAAAAUUUUUUAUGGAAAAAAAAAUUGAUAUAUAAAUGAUAAUUAAUAUAAUGAAAUUUAGAGCUAAUUCUGUUUAAUUUUAAACGAAUUGCUAUUUAAAACAUAAAUUUAUAUUUGCGUUCCAAUUUUUGUGAAUUAGGAUUUUUUUAAAUUUCGAAAAAAAUAUUUUUUUAAAUAAUUUAAAUAUAAAUUUUUUUAAAAAAAAAAAUUAACCCCCCUCCGUGAGUGAACAAAAUUUUUUUGUUCACUCACGGAGGGGGGGAAUUAAGGUAAAAGCUUAUUUAACCAAAUCUGAAGAGAGAUCAAGAGGCUUAAAAGAAAAAUUAAAAGUUUUAAGGAAACUUAUAAAAGUUAUUAAAAAUAAAGGUUUUCCUGUAGAAGAUCUAUAUGAAAGCGAAAUAAAAGCAAAGCCUGCAACAAUACCCACAGAACAGAGCAGAAAAAGUUUGGGAAGCUUUUUAGGGACAAAUCCUAUGAUAACGCUUUCUUCUGUAGAAGGAUUUGAAGAAAUAGAGAAAAAUAGCAGCUGUGAUUUUAGAUAUUCGCCUUCUAUUGAGCCGAGCACUUUAACUAAAGGAGGCGAUACAUUUUUAUUAGAUGACACCCACGAUUUAACAGAUUUUCAAGACCAAAACUCAGAUUCUCGAUUUAUUAAGGACUUGUAA